GGGCGCGACCGGAAGGGGUGGGCCUUCUGCCCUGAGGAGGGCUGCGCCACCAUGGCCUCUCGAGGGGUCGUGGGCAUUUUCUUUCUCUCUGCUCUCCCCCUCUUGUGUCUGGAGCUCCGGCGUGGGAUUCCAGAAGUAGGAAUUAAAGAUUUCAUUUUGCUGUGUGGCCGAAUUUUCUUACUACUUGCUAUUCUUACUUUAAUUAUUUCUGUGACUGCUUCAUGGCUUAAUUCAUUUAAAUCUUCUGAAGUUUAUCUGAAAGAAGAAGAAGAGAAGAAUGAGAAAAGGCAAAAACUUACGAGAAAAAAACAACAAGAGAUACAAGGUGAAAAGGCCAAAAAAUACAAAGAGAAUGUUUUAAAACCUCACCAGGAAAUGAAAUUGAAAAAACUGGAGGAGCGUUUUUAUCAAAUGACGGGUGAAACCUGGAAGUUAAGCAAUGGUUAUAAACUUGGGGGUAAUGAAGAUUCGGCACUUGAACAUGCAAGUCAGACAUCUUUCAGAACAUCAAACAGAGAAGCUGCAAGGAGACGGAGUCUUCCUAAGCCUUUAACCAAAGCUCCACCACCUGCAGAGCAGCCCACUGGCAAGGAGGUUGAUUUACCUGAAGAACCACCUGAAACAGCUGAAGAAAUAGUUACCAUUGCUCUCCGAUGUCUGAGUGGGAGUGUCCAGAGGAGAAGGUUUUUUAAGUCUUCUAGUUCACAGGUCUUAUUUGACUGGAUGAUGAAAAUUGGAUACGACACAUCCCUUUAUAGCCUUUUUACUUCCUUCCCCAGAAGGGCUCUGGAAUUGGACAGAGGCUUGUCACUGGAGGAGAUAGGGAUUACUGUGGACACUGUGCUCAACGUGGAAGAGAAAGAGCAGAGCCACUAGGAGAGUAAUGAGAACCACCUGUUCUACAUAAACUCAGUUAUGCCAGAACUCACAGGACAAUAAAGGCUUCACACUGAACCCGUGCUCUACCUUGACUGAGUUCAAGGCAGAAAACACUUUUAAUGUUGAUAACCGUGGGAAUAUCAACAUGAAGGAUUAGAGAAGUAUUGUUCUCGCACAUAAUAAUCGGUGGAAUAUGCCGUCUUACGAUGUAUUAAAUGAGAGUGAGGUAAAAAUGUACAUAAGGCCAUCCAUAAUUUGUAUGUUUUCCAGCUGACGUGAUUUCUCAGUAUGUUAAAAAUAAAGUCAUAGAACUUUGG